UUAUAAAGGUCUGGCGGCCUCGGGAAAGCCCGCCCAGCUGCCCAGCCUGGGGACACAGAGCAGACCUGCCCCAUCUUCUGCAUCCCCUGUUGGCUGCUCAGACCAUGGGAGGCCCCCACCGCAGCGGUGAAUUUCUGUCCUUUCUCUUCUUUCAUGUGCUGUGUGUCUUGCUGACUCUACCAGAAGUUGGAUCUCAGAACUCCACGGCCUGUGCUCGGUGGUGCCCUCCGAACUCCUCAUGUGUCAACGGUACCUCCUGUCGCUGCCUUCCGGGAUUCAGUUCUUCAUCUGGUUCAGAGAUCUUCACCAGCCUCUUGGAGAGUUGUGAUGACAUCAAUGAGUGCGGACCACCCUUGACAGUGUCCUGUGGACAAUCGGCAGACUGCAAGAACACAGAAGGGAGCUACUACUGCAUGUGCAUCCCAGGAUACGCGCUUGUUUCUGGGGCACCAACAUUCAGGAAUGAGAGCGAGAACAUGUGUCAAGACGUGGACGAAUGUCAGUGGAAACCCCGAAUCUGUAAAGGCCGCAGCAUCUGCAUCAACACCGAGGGCAACUACACCUGCCAGUGCCCGCCCGGCUUGGAGCUCAACCCAGAGGGCCCGGAGCCGUGCAAAGAUGUGAAUGAAUGUGCUUUGGGAAGAAACCCAUGCCACAACUCCACCCACUGCCUCAACUACGUGGGCAGAUAUGAGUGCCGCUGCCGCCCCGGCUGGAAGCCGCUUCCCGGGUCCCCCAACGGCCCAAACAACACCAUCUGCGAAGAUGUGGACGAGUGCAGCUCUGGGCAGCAUCGGUGCCACAGCUCCACCGUCUGCAGCAACACGGUGGGUUCAUACACGUGCCGCUGCCGCCGAGGCUGGUUGCCCAAACCCGGAUUCCAGGAUAAGCGAGUGACCACCGUCUGUGAAGAGAUCUUCGCCACCUGGACCGCACCCCCUGGAAUCAAGAGCCAGAAUCUCUCUCGCUUCUUUGAAAAAGUCCAGAGUAUGAGCAGAGACUUCCAGCCAGACUCGGCUCAGGAAACUAUACAGGACCUCAUCACGUCAGUGGAUGACCUGCUGAAAAUCCCAGGGGACCUGGGUAUGGACCUGGCUGCCCGACACCGCAUAGCCACCUUCCUGCUCUCAAACCUUGAAGAAGUCCUGAGGAUGCUGGCCAAAACCAUGAAUGGCUCCUUCACCUACCAUUCCCCUGGGGACACAGAGCUGUCCCUGGUGGUCCAGGAGCCGGUGAAUGGAAACAUCACUGUGGGCCAGAGCCAUGCACGGAUGCUGCUGAACUGGACCAUGGCAAUUGGAGCCAGGGAGUCGGGUAACAGCGAGGAUCCAGAGUGGGCACCCAAGGGAGAGGGAAGGAGGAGCCAGGAUGUGGCUAGGGGCCCCACUGUGGUGGGGAUCCUCUCCAGCCCAAACAUGCAGAAAUUGCUGGCCAACGCCUCCUUUGACCUGGACUCAGAGAAGCAUGCUGAGCUGGAAAAGAUCCACGGAUGUCCUGUCCGAGGUGCCAAGGUCAGCCUUUUCACAGCCGUCAGCUCGGUCUUUCUGAGCAACAGGAACACGGAUAAACUCGACUUCAACGUCACCUUCGCCUUUUCUCACCUUCAAGAGACACAGCAGAAGCUUGGGCCACGCCAGGAGCUCAUCUGUGCCUUCUGGAAGAAUGACAACAGCGGGAGCGGGUCCUGGGCCACUUCGGGCUGCUGGAAGCUGGGCAGCGGGAACAAAAGCACCACCUGCCAGUGCAAUCACCUGAGCAGCUUUGCGGUUCUCAUGGCCCACUACGACGUGGAGGACCCGAAGCUGGCCCUGAUCACCAAGGUGGGACUGGCACUGUCGUUGGUCUGCCUGCUGCUCUGCAUUCUCACCUUCCUGCUGGUGCGGCCCAUCCAGGGCUCACGCACCACCGUGCACCUGCACCUCUGCAUCUGCCUCUUCGUGGGCUCCGCCAUCUUCCUGGCGGGGAUCGAGAAUGAAGGCGGCGAGGUGGGGAUGCGCUGCCGCCUGGUGGCGGGACUGCUGCACUACUGCUUCCUGGCUGCCUUCUGCUGGAUGAGCCUUGAGGGCGUGGAGCUCUACUUCCUAGUGGUGCGCGUUUUCCAAGGCGAAGGCCUGAAAAAGCGCUGGCUCUGCCUGAUCGGCUACGGCGUGCCCCUGCUCAUCGUGGCCAUCUCGGCCGCCGUCAACAGCCAGGGCUAUGGCCGCACCCUCUACUGCUGGUUGGAACACGACAAAGGCUUCCUCUGGAGCUUCCUGGGACCUGUAACCUUCAUCGUUUUGUGCAAUGCUGUCAUCUUCGUGAUUACUGUCUGGAAACUCACUCAGAAGUUUUCCGAAAUCAACCCAGACAUAAAGAAAUUAAAGAAGGCCAGGGUGCUGACCAUCACAGCCAUCGCCCAGCUCGUCGUGUUGGGCUGCACCUGGGUCUUUGGCCUGUUCCUCUUCGACCCACAGAGCUGGGUGCUGUCCUACACCUUCACCAUCCUCAACUGCCUGCAGGGCCUCUUCCUCUUCGUGCUGUACUGCCUGCUCAACAAGAAGGUGAGAGAGGAAUACCGGAAGUGGGCCUGCAUGGUCGCCGGAAACAAGUACUCGGAGUUUACCACAUCCACGUCGGGGUCUGGCUCCAGCCACAGUCAGACGCGGGCCCUCAGGCCAUCAGAGUCAGGCAUGUGAAAGCCAUGUUCUGGCCAGGCCAGCAACUCCCGUGGCCUCAGCAGCUUUUGCACACGCUGAAGAAUGUCUCCUCCUCUCCGACUGCUCUGCUCCCUCUGCCCUCUUGCCUCCUUCCUCGUGUGUACCAUGGAGAGGAGGGUGACAGCUGCCAUCUGCCACUGACCCCAGAAGACCUAGCAAGGGUGGACAGUUGGACCUACUGGGCCUGCUUCUGGCUGCCUCUCAGCUCCAGCCUGGCCAGGACCCAGGGUAGAGACAGAAGCUGGCCCGGGGCUGUAGCCCUUUGCCCUGGUACGCAAGGCCAGGAAAGACUGAGGGCUCCUGUGCCAGGCCUGGUCCUUUCCCCUCAUCUGUCUUUGCUACAGAACGAGAGGCCAGAGUGCUGGGACUCAGAUUCCCAGUUAAGCUAAGACUGAAGUCAGAGGUGGGUGAAGGGCAGGGCCCUUUCCAGUUGCUCACCAAGGCUCACGGUACAGAGGCCUAUCUGCCCCAGGGCAGAGGAUCCUCACUGUUGUCAAGACUGUGGACGUUGUGUAAUGUUAUUUUAUCUGUAUAAACCUUUCCACAUUGACUUAAAAUUAAAUAUCACGCUGAUAUCUUG